AUGGCAAAGAGUGUCCGAGCGAGUGUCCAAAAGCGCAAUAGAGCGAAACUGCGAGCCACAGUCUUUGGGCCAGUUGUUGAUGCACGAACUGAAAGACUCUCUGCUAAGCUGCAGGAGCUUGCCUCCCAGCCAAAACCAAGUAAUGAAGAGAAACCAGAUAUGGAGCUGAACAUGAAGGAUCGCCAGGAAGGGACUAAGAUAUCACAAACAAGUGAAGAUAUGGACAUUGACAACGGUACCAUCAAAACUACCCAGGGUCGCUCUCACAAAGGCGGGCGGAUUCAUAAACGCCACAGCAACAGAAAGAACCGCUCAUCUAUUGUCUUCCGUCCACACCAGUCCAAGAAUAAGAAGGGUCUGAAGAGGAGAUUGGCGUUCGGGCGUCACGCAGGGGACCCAUCAAAUUCGGGAGAAAUCUUCCUGCCUCCGAGUAGAGGUCAGCUGAGGCUAGAGUCUCCGCCUAGUUUAUGUAGCCUCUGCUGUUCUGUAGUCCAAGAGGCGUUCUACCGCAUGACGGAUGAACCUCCUCAAACAGAAGGCGGUAUACCCCCUUUUGAAGUUGAUACUAUUUGCUUGAUUUUCAGUGUUACACUGACAGUGUAUCAGACCCGGACAUGUCAGCUUGGGUACGGUAUAUGCCAACAUAACUUGCUUGAAAUUGCUCCAGCGUGUGGCAGAAGCCACCGAGAAAUAGCCAUGAAGGUUGCUAGAUCGAAGUGGACGAUACUCAUCGCCAACAUACUCGUCCCCAUAUCGAUUCUCGUCUUUUCCUCUGGGUUUUUUCCUUAUAAGACAUUGCUUACGGGCUUUGCAACUCAUGAACAUACCAUUGGCGGUCAAAUUCCGCCGGGCGUAUUCGACAAAGUUCUACUCCUUCAGGCUGACUUUCAUGCUAGCGAUUUCGUCUAUUCCCAGCACUCUGGCUUUCUAUUCACUCAGAGGUUAGGAGGAGGAUUCUUAAUUCGGUCAGGCGCUGCUCUUCCAUUCACUGCUUAUGCUAGUGCUCCAACUGUCACAAUGCCCCGGCUCAAAGCCAUAACAACGGGGUCCGUGCCAUCAUUUCUUGAUGUAAUACUUAACAUUGCAGAGGCUGAUACCUCGUCGACUCUCAUGCACCAAGAUACAUGGUUAGCACAAUUGAAAGCAAAAGGUGGAAAAUUGGUCAUGUAUGGAGAUGACACAUGGCUGAAGUUGUUUCCUGGGAUGUUUCACAGGGCUGAUGGGACUACGAGUUUCUUUGUGUCGGAUUUCACAGAAGUAGACAAUAAUGUGACUCGCCACAUCCCCAAUGAACUCUUGCAAGAUGACUGGUCAGCUUUCAUAAUGCACUACCUUGGUCUUGACCAUAUAGGACACAAAGCUGGUCCUAAUAGUCCAUACAUGAUAACAAAGCAGCAUGAGAUGGAUUCUGUUGUUAGCAUGGUGUACACAGCUUUGGAGCAAGAGAAACAUCUCAAAACUACCCUCUUUGUAUUAUGCGGUGACCAUGGGAUGAACGAAGCUGGGAAUCAUGGUGGUUCGUCUGUGGGCGAGACUUCACCGGCUCUACUUUUUAUAUCGCCCAAGUUUCAGCGACUUGAAACUCGAAACGAUAGCCCAACGGAAGAAUUCAGUGACCUACAGUAUUACCAUACUGUUGAACAGACAGAUAUCACACCGACACUUGCGGGGCUCCUAGGCUUACCAAUUCCCUUGAAUAGCCUGGGUGUCUUUAUCCCCGAGCUUCUUGCGAUGUGGGAUCACGGAGCUAAGUCAAUACCCCUAACCUCGUCAUCAGGACCACAUCGGAUUCAUAUGCUACUUGAAAACGCCAAGCAGUUGCUGGGAGCCGUUAAAGGAUCGUUUCCGAGUUAUAGCUUUGAAUUUGAUUUAAUGCCUGUCAUUUGUAGCUCUCAGUCAUUGAUCGAUAUUGAGCGUGUUCAGUGCGCUUGGUUUCGAGUGCUUGAGACGCUCAAUGGAUCAGGUGCUAAUCACGAUAGUGAAGCCUCUUCGGAGAUCGAGUCUGCCCUUCUGCUGUUUUUGAGGAAUGCCCAGAAGUUAAUGAGCAGCGCUGCGAGUGAUUAUGAUCUUAUAAGGCUCUAUGUCGGGCUUUCCAUUUCCGGGUUUGCUAUCUCACUUACCUUUUUCCCAGCCAAAAGGCUGCUAGUGAAUUUCGCGCCGGCUGGAAUGUUUUUGGGGUUUAGCAUUCUAAGCUAUAGCACCAUGAUGUUCGCAAGUAGCUACGUGGAAGAAGAACAGCAGUUCUGGUACUGGAUAUCAAUGGGAUGGGUGGUUUACCUACAUGUUAAAUAUGCUGGUCACUUCCAUGGCAAUUCAAUUCAAAAAUCUGGCCCAGCGAACGGCCAUUGGCCAUUUGAACCCUCACUUCCCUGGUUUGGCGCAGCUGCGCUAGCAGUGUCUUAUCGAGUUCUGCGAAGAUGGAAUCAGACAGGCCAGAAAUUUGCUGCUCAGCCGGACAUUACCGGGUCCUUCUUUCCUUCUCAUCAGCAUACUUUGUGGGCCUUGUUAUCAUUAGCGGCGUCCGACUCUCCCGAACUUCUCGGUAACUCGUUCUUGCAGCCGGUGGCCAUGUUGACUGAUGGAAUGCACCUGCUUUAUCAUGCAAGAAUGGUUCUUUGUGGGAUAUCUCUUCUCAUGAUAUAUUCCUUGUACGCUGGAAAAGCCCGGGAAACGACUCACAAGGGCAGAGGCAAGUGGCCACCGAGCACCAUCUUUCACGAGACUCUCACUCUUUUCCUGUUGAUGCAAUCGAAAGUGACGAACAUACCCGCGUUUCUAGUGUUUAGAGUACAAAUCACCAUCCUCGCAUCGAUGCGUUUAUCAACCGUGGAACAAACCAUAACCUCCCUGCUCAUGCAAUAUGUGACAUUUUACGCAUUUGGAGGCUCAAAUGCCAUUUCGUCGGUCGACAUUUCGAAUGCAUAUAAUGGUAUCGGCACCUAUAGUGUUUUUAUCGUCGGUGCCUUGACGUUCAUCAGCAACUGGGCCGCCCCCAUAUGGUGGGUCUCAGCCAGUAGGCUGCUCCGUUCCUCGCAGAAUCGGGAAGAAAAGGAGGCACAUGUAACCAUCCUGACUCUUCAUAUGGCAACAAUUUUAAUGUCGGUUAUGGCGGCGUGUACGACGUUAAGGACGCAUCUUUUUAUCUGGACGGUCUUCUCCCCUAAAUACCUUUAUACUAUUGCAUGGGCAAUGAUCAACCACAUUGUGGUAAAUGUACUAGGAGAGAUCGAUUGGCGCUUGUUCAUGAAGAGGUGA